AUGGCUGCACCGUUGUUUGCUUGGCCUUGGGAAGCUUUAGGUGGUUACAAGAGUCUUCUAUAUGGUGUGUUUCUAGCCAAAGCAUUGUAUUCAAGAUACUAUCAAGAGGAAGCCAUGAAAGACACUUGGUGCCUUCACAUUUUCAUCAUUUGUAUGCUAAGGCUAAUGUUGUACCAACUAUGGACUUCUUACAGCAACAUGCUUUUCCUCACUCGCAACCGCUUGAUCGUCAAGAAAGGCGUCGAUUUCAAACAGAUUGACCAAGAAUGGAAUUGGGAUAACUUUAUUUUACUACAAGCCAUCGUAGCAGCUUUGAUGUCACCAAAGUUUGAAGCUUUACCUCUGUGGAACAAAGGCGGAUUCACGGCGGCGCUUGUGCUUCACGUGGCGGUCUCAGAGCCACUUUUCUACAGCAUACACAAAUGCUUCCAUGGAAAUUACCUUUUUACCCGCUACCAUGCCCUCCAUCAUUCGUCCCCUGUACCACAGGCUUACACAGCUGGGCAUGCUUCUUUCUUGGAGCAACUGUUGCUGACGGUCGUGAUUGGGGUGCCGAUUAUUGGGUCGUUUGCGGUGGGCCGUGGGUCGAUGAGCUUAAUCUACGCCUAUGUAUUGGUCUUUGAUCUGUUGAGAUGCUUGGGCUAUUCUAAUGUGGAGAUUAUCCCACAUCGGGUUUUUGAUGCAAUCCCAUUUCUCAAGUACAUGAUCUAUACUCCAACGUACCAUAGCUUGCAUCAUGAUGAGAUGAACACAAACUACUGCCUUUUCAUGCCGCUUUUCGACGCUUUAGGAAACACAUUGAACGAAAAUUCAUGGGAUGCCCACCGUAUAAACAGUUUAAAUUCAGGUAAAAACGGAAGGGUCCCGGAUUUUGUGUUCCUAGCGCAUGCGGUUGACCUGUCAUCCGGCAUGCAUGCCCCUUUUGUAAACCGGUCAAUGGCAGCCUUGCCUUACUGCACGAGAAUUUAUAUGUUGCCGCUUUUGCCCCUGUCGUUUUUGGUCAUGCUAAUCAUGUGGGCUAAAUCAAAGACCUUUUUGAUAUCGUAUUAUAACCUUAGGGGUCGGUUGCACCAGACUUGGUCUGUUCCGCGGUUCGGUUUUCAGUACUUCUUGCCGUUUGCUGCCGAGGGCAUAAAUAAUCACAUUGAAGAGGCUAUUCUUAGAGCUAAUCGGUUGGGAGUCAAAGUUAUCAGCCUUGCUGCUCUGAAUAAGAAUGAGGCUCUUAAUGGAGGCGGAACACUGUUCGUUAACAAACACCCGGACCUUAAAGUUCGAGUCGUGCAUGGGAACACUUUAACUGCAGCCGUGAUCCUCAACGAAAUCCCCCAAAACGUGACCGAAGUUUUUCUAACCGGAGCCACUUCAAAGCUCGGCAGAGCUAUUGCUCUCUAUCUUUGCAGAAAACAAGUCCGAGUCCUGAUGUUGACUCUAUCGACCGAAAGAUUCAGAAACAUUCAGAAAGAAGCACCAGCGGAUUGCCAAAAGUAUCUUGUCCAGGUGACUAAGUACCAAGCAGCCCAAAACUGUAAGACAUGGAUAGUGGGAAAGUGGAUCACACCAAGACAGCAAAAUUUCGCGCCGUCUGGAGCUCAUUUUCAUCAGUUUGUGGUCCCUCCGAUUUUGCAUUUCAGACGAGACUGUACUUAUGGCGACCUUGCUGCCAUGAGGCUGCCAGACGAUGUUGAAGGACUCGGCUCGUGCGAGUACACGAUGGAGAGAGGUGUGGUCCACGCGUGCCACGCGGGCGGCGCGGUGCAUGCCUUGGAAGGAUGGACGCAUCACGAAGUCGGGGCUAUAGACGUUGACCGGAUUGACUUAGUCUGGGAGGCUGCAAUGAAGCAUGGGUUGAAGCCGGUCUAA